GAGGAGACAUUAACAGUUGGCGAGGUAUCAGACUUAAUUACUGAAAGGGAGGGUGGCAGAUGUGAGGAGGGUGAGGAGCUGGCGAAGAGGGUGCGCGCAGGGCGACGCUGCAGCUGUUGCAGUGAGAUUAGGCACAACUCUUGCACCUGCAAGGUAGAAAUUAAGGAUAUAAAUAACAGCGACGCUUCUAAAUAA